AUGACUGAAGCUAUUCAGUUGUUGCCUCAGUUAGUUUCAUCGCAAGCUCAGCGGCAAGGUGUGGGCCAAGGUGAUAGGGCGGUAAGUGCAAGAGACCGCGAUUUUAUCAGUCUGAAUCCUCAUCAAUUCUAUGGAUCGAAACCAGAUGAAGUCCCGCAAGGUUUUAUAGAUAGGAUGCUGAGGACACUACGGAUAAUACAUGCUUCAGAUACAGAGAUGGAUAUUGCCCAUAUUCAGGCCCAUGCCCAGAACCUGGAGAAGCAGCAGCAGCCACAGGGAGGUGAAUGUGAUUUUGAUAAGGGGCAUAGAAAAAGCGCCAGAUCUUUUAGUGCUAGUAGUAAAUAUAGAGGAGGGCAGAAACAACAAUAUUCUAGGCCACACUCUGGGCAGUGCUGCAUAGGUUCAGGUGCUUGCUACGCCUGCGGUCGGAUUGGUCAUAUGAUGCGUGAUUGUCUGUUAAGGAAUGGUGAAAAUGGGGCUCAGCCCACAGGAUCAACGGUUGGCUCUUCAUCAUCCAUACGCCCGGUGGAGAAAGGUUGGCAGGUGCCAGUAGGUUGCGGUAGAGGAAGGGGAGGAGCAUCCAGUUCAAGUGGCCAUCAAAACUGUAUCUAUGCACUAGCUGAACGACAGGAUCUUGAGUCCUCCCCCGAUGCUGACACAUGUAGAUUGCCAAUAUUCUAUCAUGAUAUAUGUGCGUUGAUUGACUCGAGUUCUACAUUGCUAUAUGCUACUUCUUAUAUUGCUCGUGGGACCGGAGUGAAACUUGGGUUGAUUAAAUAUUUCAAAGUGUUCCAUUAG